CCAAUGCUAUUUGUAAAGUAGCUAGCUAAUUAUAAAACACAUCAGCAGCCACACAGGCUCAGGCUCUUUAAUCCCGCUGCUGUGAAACAAAGGCCGCCGGCGUGACGUCGACAUCACCUGCGUGGACAGUGCACACCUUUUUUUUUUUAUCCCCAAUUUUGAACUCGCUGGACCCUACGAGCAACAGACGUCACUCCUGUUGGUCUCCAUGCGGAUGUGUAUGUAGGCGGGGACAAGGAGACCAUUUCCCCCCUUUUUACGUGUGUUUUUUUAGUUCCUCACAAGCACAAACAUGGCGCAGGCGUUAAACUUUCUGAUGAGCAAUUCCUGCGGUUUGCAGGACAAGCUGCAGAGUUGGCUGCUUGAGUACAAUAUGAUUUCCUGUGACGAGAACAUGAACAGGUGUUGUGAGACGAUCGAGUUCACGGCCAAAAUCCAAGGAGAGCUCUUUUCCAUCCUGAACUCAAUAGCUGCUGAAGGUAAACACACAGAUGGAGUGUCCGCCAUCAAAACACGCUUGCUGCCAUGCCUGGGAAAUUGUUUCUCAACAUUAAGGUCGCCUGUCGCCAGCAUUGACGCCACUUCAAGUCUCUCGCAGGAAUUGGCGGAAAAGGACCGGAAGAUCCUGGAGCUGGCCAGCUGCAACAAGUGGUUGGAGUCGCAGCUGUGUGCCACUCAGAGGCAGCUGGACUUGGUCAAGGCAGAGCUGGAUGAUGCUCAUCGGGACCUGGACAAGGCAAAGAGCAAAACGGUGACCACCAUGCUGGCUACUGAGGAUGAACUACUGAAGCUGAAAGAGGAUUUGAGAUUCGCACGCUCCCAGAUAGACCUUUAUAAGAAUAAGCAGGUACCCUAUCAUGAUUACGACCGGCAGGCCUCCAUGUUGAGGAAUGAGGUGUCCUACCUAAACAACAACAGGUUGAUGAGAAACAGUACUAUUAACGCCUUAUCCAGCCACCGGCGCUCCUCCAGCCCCCUCAGGUUCGAGGUGGUCCCCCGAGCCCAGCUCACUAGCUCUAGCUCCUCCCGUCUGCUGCGCGUGGUGUCGCGCUUCAACGAUUUGUAUGCUGCGGAACGCAAGGAGGCGGAGUCACAGCUUCAGAAUUACAUCAGCAACUCUGACACAGUCCAGAGGAUCAUCUUCAUCGCCAUGGUGGAGUCCUUCAAGACUGCUAAACUAGCUUACCGUCUCUUAAAGCUGCGCACUCGCAAAACUUUGGCCGCAAUUCACCCUGGGCCAGAGAAUCUAGAGGAUAUCAUCUUGGAGUACAUGGUCAAAAACCAGGACCUCCAUGAUGUGCAGUCCAGCGCAGAUGAUGUCGUCAGUGCCAUGAAACUAAAUCCUUGCAUCGCCAGCAUCUCAAAAGUCAACUUUGAUAUCAUCAGACCCUUAAUUAUAGAGACAUGCAAGCUGGCCUUCACCAUGCAGACAUUAGACCCGCCCCUCGACUUGGCCUUCGCCAGUGAUGGAGAACAUUUCAUCGGUGACAAAUAUCGUCGCAGUCGUGACUCGGACGUCUCUGUUCAGCGAGUUUCGUACCACAUCUGGCCCGCUCUGAUGCAGGGCAGCACGGUGCGGACCAAAGGGGAAGCUGUGACCAAACAAGAACCUAUGUGGAGUGGAAGCACUGACAGGAGCUGUGGAGUCAGCAAUAUGCGAUCACACUCCCUCAGCCCGACUCAGAAUCGCUCUCUUAUGUUUCAGGACAGAAGAAGCUUGUCUCCCGGUGCGCUGUCUGCCAGCUGCUUGUGAGCACUCGGAGCGUUCUGUGACAUCAUCAUCCUCACUUGGACUCAAACCAGAUUCAACUGCGUUCACAUCGACACUCCGACACGGCGUCUCCAUCCAUGAGUGGACGGCACCGUGCUGAUGAGCAGCGAGCGGAGGUCAGUGCGUUAAAGGCAGCUACGUGAACAACUUUACCGUACAAUUGUACGUGCAUGAAAACCGAUCAACUUAGGACACACUUGGUGCUAAUGAUAUAAUUUCAUCCUCCUCCAGUAUCACUUUACAGCAUUGAUUUAGUGUUCUUAGUGCGUUUAUUUUGUCUCCAUUGCAGACGUAAACAAAUAGUUUGUACUGUGUAUAGCAUUUUUUUUACCAGAAUUUUGGAUCAAUAACUUUAGUUUUGUAUCAUGUUAUUAAUAAGAAUGUUUAGCUACUUAGAAAAUAUUAGCUUGUCAUCGAGCUAAAUAGAUUUGCUGCACUUUUGUCACACUGUUUAUUUUUGUAGAAUAGCAAUAAAACAUGCAUUUCAUUAUACAGAAAAAAUGGAUUUAUGUCAAUAUUUUAAAACAUAUUUCACGUUCUAAAGCAGGUUUUUUAAAAGUAAUUUAAAAGGUGUUGUCUAAUUAUUUAUAAAACACUUAAGUAUUUUACCAACAACUGCAGCUCCCUUUGUCGAAAUCUGAGGCAGAAAAAAAGCCUUUAAUCAACAAAAAAUGCAAAUACUGAUAUUGUUCUGAUACCAAGUAAAUAUGGAGUCAAUACUGACGAUAUCGAAAUGCUCCAGAUUGUCUGGUUUUGUGAUUUUGGCUUUUAAUUUGGCGGAUCAUGAUUCUAAAAAUGAGUAAAGUUAUUUGUUAACUAUUCAAUAUAUAAAUAAGUGUAAAUUAUUUCCUUUUAUUACACAAUCGUUGAGGAAAAUAAUAUUGAAAAACAAGUAAACAAAAGUCAAAACUAUUAUAGGCUAUCUUGCAAAUUCUCAAAGAGCUAUAUAUACACACACACAUAUCUAUAUACCAGUGACGUGCAGUCAGGGGAGGCAAGUGAGGCGGGGCCUCACGUGCCAUCAUGGAAAGAAAAAAAAUGUAAAAAGAAAAAAAAAAAUUAAAUUGUUAUAUGUAUCCAGUGAUUAUACUAUAAAGUUAUUUUCCAUUUAACUUCACCAGUUUUAGAUUAUUUUUAUUCUAAAUCGCUGAAUUUUCACAUUUGCCCUUCAAAUACUGACAAGAGACUUGCGGUGAGUCACCAGCCAGUUGAGGCACGUCACUGAGUUGAGCCUCACCAUGGAUUGCGCAAUGACUCUGCUAACUGCUGGCCUGCUGUGCAGUGAGACCGUAUUGCUAUAUGAAUUAUAUUAUACAUUUCCAUAGUUUAGUUAGCUGAAGUAUAUAAUGUACAGUGUAUUUUGUCAACAACUGUAUGUGUGUAACGUAUUUCUUGUGCUGAGCAAUCAUAAAACUGUGUGAGGCUCGCAG